AUGGCUACCGGUACACCUAAAUCUCAGCAAGAUGCAGAAGAUACGACCCCAUUGCAGCCACCCAACGACGCCUAUACUGUCGGCUGGAUUUACGCCAGUUCCCCUGAAUGCGUUUCCGCACAAACUUUUCCCGGCGAGCAAAACGACAGUUCGGGGUAUUUUGCAGAGAGCUAUAAUAGAGCCGAGCCAUUCCUGUGCCUGCCUUAUGGGAGCGGUCAUGUUCCCCAAAGCUUUCAGAUGUGCUCUCCGCUAUCAGAAUCGGGUAACACACCAAGCCCAAGGAACAAGUUCGAUAUACCUGAAGCUCAGGCAAAUCACUUUGAGAACUCCCUAGCAGAGGUUUCAAUGCUGGACUCACACCAAUACGACAGCAAUUUGGAUCAUUUCAUGUUUGGCCGACCAGGCGAGGCUCCAGCUUUUGCAACAAGCAUCCCAACCGUCCCCACGCUCAAUCCUCAGCAUUGCAAGACAAACUAUGAAUCGUCAAGUAACCAACUGCUCACAAGGAAUCAGAAGGAGCCUGAUUCAGGAGGAGACAAACGAAUCGGAGAACAACAAUUGCGGAAAACUUGCUCGGCGAUCCUCUGGUCACCACCAGUCAUAAUCCUUCUCUUUCUUGUCAUCGGGGUUGGGUCUGCCCUGGGCCAUCAUCUUUACUACCGCUCCCUGGACGAGCGCGAAGUGUCCUCGGAACAGGAGCAACAAUGGGCCAUCAGAAUCGGGACGGGACUAGCCUUUUCUGCAAAGGUCGCGUUAGUUGCUUCGGUCGUCCUGGCAUACACUCAACGACUUUGGGUCACUGUCAGGAAGCGCUCGCUCACACUGCAGAAUCUCGACGACGCCUUCUCUCUUCCAACUUCUCCUUUAUCCUUCUUCAGCGCCCCUUUGCUGAAGAAAGGUAAAGUGCUUUACCUAUUGGCUAUUUGCAUCUGGACCAUCCCAUUCGUUGCGCUCAUCACACCUGCUACUUUGUCCGUCAGGGCUGGUGUCCUUCGCACCACUGAGCCAGCAAGCGUGCCUAUUCCCUUAUGGCUGAACGAGACUACAAACGAUUCGAGUUACUGGGCGCACUGGGGCGGCGUCGGCUAUCAAACUGGGCCGUCCGUCGCUCUCAGCCAUCUGGUCCUCACAGCGGCAACUUCAAUGUCCAUCAUUCCAUUCAAGGCGCCUUUACUUAAUGCCUCGUUUGCCCUAGAAUUUCCAGGUCCAGCUUUGAGGUGCACAAAUCUGUCUACGGUCGUCGCUGCAAAUGCUACAAUGGGCCGUCUUUGGAACCGGACCAUGUAUGAAAAAACCCAUCAUACAAUCAUCUACAAAGCCAACACAACCGAAAAAGAGCGCCUUUAUAACCAUAUAUUCAUCUCUGUGGGCGGUUUCAACAGUCCCUCCCAGUACUCCUGCAGUCUAUAUAACUCUACUUACAAGGUUCAGUUCACAUUUCGCGACGGAGUGCAGUCUACAGUUUUUGACCGGCCGACUAUUCCCUCCUCGGCUUCCCCAUUGAAUAUCAAGGGCCUUUACUGGACGGACUUUGCGCCGAGCGAAUUGGCAUACAUGUCCAUAUUCGAGGCCAUCUCGACACGCCUCCUUGUGGCACACUUGAGCAUAGGAUCCACCGGUGUACUCAACGGAGACGACACCAGCGGCAUCUUGCUGACGAGCGUCGCGGCCUGCAGCGAGUUCCCGACCAUAUCCUCCGACGCACUCCUCGCAAACCAGACCGAACCCUGGAUGUGUCCGUCAGGCAGCGUAGCGCGCACCGUGGAGGAGCUCUGGCACAACGUAACGAUUAGCACACUCGGCUCCAGGGUGUUUGGUCGGAAGAGAAGCAGCGUCCAGGCAGAUGUCGAGAGGACGCGCAACUUUUACAGCUACAACACCGUGUUUCUCUGGCAGGCUUACAGCGUCGCCAUCGCAGCGGCGCUGGUGUGCGUGGUUGUCGGGAUGCAUUCUUAUGUUGCCAACGGGUACAGUGCUUCGAAUUCGUUCUCUACCAUCUUGCUGGCGACAAGGAAUCCUGAUCUCGAUUGCCUGCUUUCGAGUAAGGAUGCGAGGCGGGCCAAGUUGAGAUAUGGGGGCGUUGCAAAGUCGGCGGACGGUGAAGGGCUUGAUCAUGCUGCAUUCGGACUGGUGCAUGCCGUUGAACCUUUCGGCAAAGGCGAUAUCAAGUCUUGA